UAAAUUAUUUUUCCCUAAUUAUUCUCCCCUCAGUGUCAUUUCUCUCAACCCUUUCCCAUGGCCGAUUCUCUACUCUUUCUCCAUUCUCUCUCUUUUUAUCUAUAGCCCUAAACCUAACCCCCAAUGAUGCAUGCGAGCACCAAACCGAACCUUAUAAUCCAAAGACUCUCGGGUUGUCUUCUCUCAUCGCUCCACUCUCCUUCGACCGACGCUGCCAAGAGUCUUCACCGGCGAAGAAUCCGACGACAGGAUGCAAAAGGGAUUUUAACGUUGCCUUUGACCGAAGGCUUUUCUGUUUUGGUGAAGAAGACCAGUAGUUACUCCCCCGAGAUGGAGAGGAAAAAAACUAUUUCUUCUUCCCUCGACGAUAGAGCUACAAUGGUCGUUCCUCUCUCCAAAAAUGGAGAGCCUCUAUUACAUUGCUUCACUCCCCGAACCCCUUACAAACUGUUUCAUUCAGUUUUCAUAACCCCCCACAUUGAUGAAUUGCUCCACUUUUUAUGGUUGUUUGUUGGAAGAACUUCCAAAUGGUUGCACGGGUCCAGCAGGGGAAGGACCACCAAGUGAUAUAGUCGAAUCUUUAUUGGUUGAUGGCGUGGCUCUAGUGAGCCUGAUGUUGAGAUGGUGGAAGUCUCACAAAUGUGAAAUUGUUGAUGUAUGCUUUGGGCUUAUACCAAUUGUGAUACGGGUUGGGUUGCAAGUGAUAUUGGGCUCGGGUUGUAAAUUUUGCCUUAUAAAGAAGCCUGUUCCGAUUUGGACUUU